AUGGCUCCCCAGAACCUCCGCCAUAACCCCCUGCCUUCGAUCUGGGACCGUCCCCGCCCCACUCGCCGCCUCUUACGCGAAGAGCGAGUUCAAGUCCAAGGCCGCGUACUCCGCGCCCGCGCUCACACUCACCAUCACCCCCGCCGCAUGCGCAUCAUGGCCACUCUCCGCCCUCUCUUCCGUCAAGAGGAAAAGCGCCGCAAGGCUCGUUCCCGCGUCCUGCGUCAGGUCCGCGCGCAGCGCGAGAAGCUUCCCCUCGGCGUCUGGCAAGCCGCGGUUGGGCAUGCACUCAACGAGACUCAGCAUCCUGAGGGCGUUUCCAAGAUUCCCGUCCCUUCGGCCAUCGAGGAGGAAGACUCGGAGGACGAUACCGACUACGAUCCCGCCGCCAAGGAUGCGCCCUCCUCGAACGUCAGCGAGUCGUCGGACGGCGAGGAUCUGAAGGACAAGGAGGCCGCCGACGAGUCCAGGACCAAGCGCAAGCGUAACGAGAAACGCACCGAGCGCCGUAUCCGUCGCGAGGCUGCGCGCCACCGCCGCAUCGAGCGCCGCGCCCUCCGCUUCAGUCCCGGCGACACGGACGAGGAGGAGGCCAAGCUCGUGCGCGAACACGAGGCUACCACUAUGCUCCUCGCGGCGCACGAUCAGCGCGAGGCGCAACAGCAGGCGCUGACCGACCUGCGCAGCCUGAAGAAGCCCAAGGUCAAGCCCGCCAAGCGCGUCAAGCCUACUCUGCUCAUGAGGCGUAUCCAGCCUCAGCUGGUCGAGAGCGUCGAGCUGCCCAGCGACGAUAGCGAGGAUGAAGAUUACGACCCCGUCGCAGAGGAGAUGGGGGAGGAAGGCGAAGCGUUGCAGGCGCGUAUCGGCGAGAAGGCGGAGUCCUCUUGUUCCUCCGAGGACGAAGGCGAGGACGAGGUCUGCGAGAAGGACGAAGCAAUGGACGAGGACAAGGACGAGCUGGACGAGGAAGUUGGGGACACGAGUGUCUCGACUGUCGGCACGGGAGCCACUCCGAGCACUGGCGAGACUUCGGCAUCGACCGCGACUGCAGCGACUGAAGAGACAGGCGAGACUGACGUUAACAUGCAGAGCGCGGAGUAG